AUGGCACAAUGCCGUGAUAUUAUACCAAAAUCACGAGUAGUUGGUGGUAGAAAUGCCCCGAUCAAUUUGGCACCAUGGCAAGUUUUGUUUCUGAGCCCAACGGUCGGUGGUGACUAUCAAUGCGGUGGUUCCCUAAUCAAUAAGGACUGGGUGCUAACGGCUGGACAUUGUUGCUAUACGCCACCUAUAAGUGGGUCGAAAAUACAAAUCCAAUACGGGGGCACAAACAAAAACUAUAUGCCAUUUGCGACAACAGCAAGCAAAGUCGUUAUUCACCCGCAAUUCAAUAUAACCUCAGUCGACCACGACUUUUGCCUGGUCAAAUUAGAUCAACCAGCCUAUCAAAGUGCCACGGUCAGAUAUGCCACACUGGCCACUGGGUACCCACAUAACGGCACAAAGGUUAUUGUAUCCGGGUGGGGUUUGACAAAUGGCAGCGCCCCAUUGUCAUUUGCUACAGAUUUACAGUACGCAGUAUUGAGCGUGGUCGAUCGGGAUACCUGUGCUCAGGAAUGGGCAUCUAGACAAAGUAUUAACAAGGUUGAUGAUACUAACAUUUGCGCGCAAAGUAGCACUCAAAGUGGAUGUGCGGGUGACUCCGGUGGUCCACUAACUGUGAAUGGUGAAUUGGUUGGAGUGGUAUCAUAUGGUGUUAACCAAUGUCCAUUGAACUAUUUGCCCAAUGUAUUUGGCUAUGUACCCUCAGUUAGAGCCUGGAUCGAUAGUACUACGAAACCACAACAUAACCAUGUUACCUAUUUCCCUGAUGGUUCAUUCGUUAUAAUCGACCCGGAGCUAAUUGAUUACCCUGGUGGUCAAUAUUUGCAACUACCCCGUGUAUUGGCAAAGUUUUAG